CUUUUUUAUUUUAUAAAUAUUUCUAACAUAUUUAAAAAAAUAACACUUUAAUAGGUUAGAUCUGUUUACGCUGUUCAGUCCACUGUCCACAUACACAAUGCAACCAGACACACGUUUGACGGUCAAGCUUUGAUCGCGUAAUAUUGAGUCGAGUAGUUGAAAAGUGUUUUGAUUUUCAAAAUGAUGCAAUUUGAAGAAGAAGGCGAAACGUUGAAAGACAAAUCUCGCUGUGCAAACAUUCGCGCUGAUUUAAAAAUGUGUUUGCUCCAAAGUAACUGCUGCAAAAUUUACAAGCGUACUCCUAAAGAAUGCCUUAGGACACAUGAUGGCACAGUACCCGAUGAAUGCUUUGCCUUACGAAAUACAUUUUUUGAGUGUAAACAUUCUAUAAUUGAUGGAAGAAGGCGGUUUAGGGGUCCUAAAGGAUAUUAAUUGUCUAAUGAUAUAUAUUUAUGUAUAUAUUUAUAUAUAAUUUAUGUAUAUAAUUAUAAUAUAUGUAUAUAAUUACAUACAUAUAAUUUAAUAAAUAAUUGUUUUUCUUUGAUUAUAAUUAAGAAAAAAAUAUUUAUAUAAAUAUGAACAAAUAAGAAAAUGCUGGUGUAACUUAUUAAUGAGAAAUGAACUAUAAUAUUAGAAGUGAUUUAUUAUUAUCUGUUAUAUUCGUUGUGUAUACAUGAUUUAAUAAAUCUAGCAUACAAAGUA